CAGCAGAGAAAGGGGGCGGGUCGAAGAGAAAGACAUUGCCACUUUAAGUGACUCAGGAAGUUAAAAAAAAAAAAAAAGAGCCAGCCAGGCCUGGUGUUUCAAAACUGAAACUGCUACGAGGAGUGUUUCUUUCUUUCGUAAAUCGAUCGGGGUAACUAGUGAAAAUCAUAAAGGGAGGGAGGUGCUAAGUAAUAGGGAUCCUUUAAAUUAUUUGGGUGUCAGCCAAAGCCGGCAGUGAAGGAGAUAAAGCGGAGAAAGAAAGCUUAUUAGAGGAAAUCACCGAAAUAGGCCGGUUCAGUGUAGGAAGAGAGUAGAUGAAGGAAUAGCAAUCUGAAAGGAAAACUGCUUCCCACCAAAUAACAGUUAAAGUCUGUAGUUGUUCGAAAGGGGGGGGGGGGACUGCAACAGUAGUAAAUAGUGAGCAGCACAGAAGAAUAGGGACUGAACAAGUAGGUCUUGUCAGGCUCAGACAGGAAAUGGCUUCUGCAGACGAUGGGGAAGAGUUGCCACAAGACAGCACGUGUGAUGCCUGCGAGCCCGACGAAGCACCAGCUGCCGUGCAGAUCUGUCAGGACUGUGGCUUUUCCUUUUGCCAUCUUCACGCAGAGGAGCACAGCCAGAAGUACAGGGCCCACCGCAUGACUGAUUUUGUCACUCCAGGGGGGCGGGGGCAGGGGCAGGCAGGCAGCCAAGAUGUAACAGGGGAAGUGCCCAUGGAAGAAGAGACUCACAAGCUGGAGCGGAAGAAGUGUGAAGAGCAUGGGGAAGAUCUUAGCUUGUAUUGUAAAGAGCAUGAGAAAAUUAUCUGUGUGUUGUGUGCGGUGUCUGGCUCUCACCAGAAGCAUGAUAUCAUCACUCUGAAUGAUGCCUAUGAAGCCAUCAGGAAUAGAGAUCAUGUUGACCUGAAGGUGGCUAUGCUAGAGAUGGUGGAAAGAUUGAAGUUCAAGUGUGCAGAUCCCAAAGUGACUCAGGGUGACAUGAAGUUGUGCAUUCAGCAUGAAUUUGAAAAGGUACGUCGCCUGGUUUGUGAAGAGGAAGAGAAAGCUCUCCAUCUGGUGGAUCUUCAGGAAGCCUUGGCCACUGCUCACACAACAGAGGUUCUGGCAGAAAUUGAUGUCCGCAUGGCAAAAUUGAUGACAGAAAUGGCAGAGCUCACAAGACAGCUGAACACCUUUAAUGAGCUAGCCCUGCUCAAGCCUGAGAGCACAGAUGAAGAAUCCAGGACCAACAGCUUUCCUCUGCCUUUGCCAAGUCCUUCCCGAAGGGACAGACAAUACAAUGAUGGGGAUCUACCACCUGCCAAUGGGCCCUGUUGACUCAGCAAGAAGGAUGGCCCCUGCAUUCAGUCUCCGUAUGGUGAAAACUGUCCUGAAUACAUAGCAGAAGAGACUGCAGACAUCUUUGCUGUACUUUUCACCUGUCUCUAAAACAGUCUGUUCCUUCUUCCAGAUGUAUAUUUUGUGAAUACACUGCUUGUCAUACCAAAUGAGUUAUUUGCUGAUCAAUCACUUUACUGCUUAGGGUUGACAAAACAUCUUGCAUAAAGUAAGUCACUUGCCUUUUGAAACGUGGAAUUUCUAAGUUAAAAUCAAGACAGGAUCACAGUAGAAAAGGAGAAAUAUGGGUGUGAAUAUUGCACUGAUUUUCAAGUGACAGGAUUCCUGAGGACUUGGUUUGAAUUAUUCAGUGUGAGUGAGAUGAAGAAAUUACAGAAGGGGAAAAUUACUCCUUUAAGUCACAUAUAAGAAUAAAAAAUUAAUUUAGGGUUCUUUAAAAGAUGCUGCCUGAGUAGUAAAAAAUGAUACUAUGCAGUUCUAAUAUUUCUCAACCUUUUUUGUGCAUUGUAACAUUAUAAAUGAGGCUAAUACUUUACAAUCAGAGUGUGCAGACUUUAAAGUCCAGUUCAUAUUGUGGUUCUUAUGCCUUAAAAAUAAGUGUAGAACUAUAGAAAUGAACUUCACGAGAUUUUUAAAAAAGAAUUAUUUCUUUCUAGCUAGGGGUAGUUUUAGGUUUAAACUGCCCAACAAUAAGAGCAAUAAAGACAUAUUAUUCUUGAAGUGAUACAGAAAUUCAUGAGACCAUAGAGUUGGAAGGAUCUUGUCUGAACUGGACUAUCCUCCAGUAGUUUUCUGUGUCAUGUGGAAUACUUAACUAUAAAUAUGUGAAGCUGCCUUAUACUAAACUAAGGCACUGGUCAUCUUCCUCAGUACUGUCUACUGUGACUGGCAGCAGCUCACCCAAGUUCUAAGACAAAGGUCUUCUCCACUGCCUGCCACCUCAUGAUUUAAUUGGAGAUGCCAAGGACCAAUGUUCCCUCUAAUUUUUCCUCACUACUGAACGGAACAGUUCACAUCCUGAACAGAUGUGAUCUGCUGUAAUCUUAAAAUGAGCAGUGUAAGACCCUGCACAGCUCCAGAUUGCUGCUGAGUGUGGCUUCCUGUGUUAAUGAGCGGCCACUCAUGCACACAGCUUAGAGGGAACAUUGCCAAGGACUGAAACUUCUGCUAGCAAAGCAUAUGUUUUAUCACAUGGCUUAUCGUGUUACUUACUGCUAAGUGGAAACAGAAAAACUGCAAGGAGAUCUGUGUGUUUACCCCCAAGUGUGGUUGAUGGACAGCAGUAUACAAAAUAACCAUCCGUUGCCCCAAACAGUUGUUCAUCCUUGAUCUUAAUGGCCUAUCUGUCCCUUCAGUCUUACAAGAAUCUGCAUUUGGGAUUUUUUUUUUUUAGUGAAUUAAGUGAAGACUAAUUCCAGAAGACUCCCAUGUCACCUACCUUGGCAUCCUUGUGGUUAUUAGCAGAGGCAUAAAUUAGCAUCCUUAGCUCUGGAAGUGGAUUGGGCCAAUGCAUCAGAAGGUAAUCUCUCAUUUUCAGGGAAACAAAGAGGCUUCUACUUGUGCAAGUUGUCAGAUUUGCACUCAUGGCUGGAGAUUUACUAUAUGAAUAUCGGCAUAUGAUAAUUUAAUAACUAGUUAAGACUAUGAAGUUGGCUUGUACGAACACCCAUGCAAACUUUUGUAUAAAAGUUAGCUAUAUUCUUUCUUCUGAUUAUUUUCUACAGUUGUCUGCAUUCUUUGAUGUUUUCUGACCUGUAUGUAUGCAGUCAAUAAAAAUAAUGUCUG